AUGUCGGUUUUACAGAUACAGUGGCGUGUUAUAAUAGUUGCUGUCAUGGGUGCCUGUUUGGAGCAGUAUACCCUUGCUCAAGAUAUUUGCUCAAAGUUCCAACUGGAUGGACCAUGUCGAUACCCUGCACUAGACAGAAAUGCGACCUACGGUUUUCUAUCACAGCCGCCCACGCCUUCGCCUUACUGCAGUCUGGUUUGUUCCCAGGGGAAUGCCGAACUAUACACUAGCGUGUGCCCAUGUGCACUUCCAGUGACAAUGGUGCCUUCUACAGCACUUCUGUACACAACAACAAUGGAAGCGACAACAACAACGGAAGCGACAACAACAAUGGCAGCGACAACAACAAUGGAAGCGACAACAACGCCCGAGCCAACCACCACCACCAUGUUAACAACAACACCACGGCCAGUAACGUGCUUCUACAGCAGCCAGCGCCCCGCCAAACUUGGCAGCAUCGCCAGACGGAUGUUCUCCAGCACACCUGUAAUCACUGAAUGUGACUACCCGGGAGUUGUCGCCUUGUUCCGUGAAAAUAACGGUCUAUUGACCUUCUCCUGCAUGGCUUCCUUGUUGGAGGAGGACCUCCUGCUGAUCAACGAGAAAAAUUGCCUCUCAUGGGUACAGAAAUACACAACUUAUGCAAUGGCCGAUUCCUACCAGAUAUCCAAGGUAACCAGAGCCGUCUCCGUAAACAAGACAACUGUAGCUCGGCUAGACACGACUGGUUCACUGAAAAGCCUGUACACAGUAAGACUCAACUCCAAGCUAACACUCAACGAUGGCUGCACGCAGCCUGUCUGUGUUCCAAACAUCAAUAUUCCGGCUUCAGACAUUGACCUCGAAGACUGUCACAUUGUUGGCUAUGGAGAUACUACUAGCACUAUGGGAUCAACUCCCCCUCAGCUGAAUGAGAUCAAGGUUCGAGUGGCCCUAUCGAGCAUAACCAAGGCUAACCUGACUGUUACAAGGAUUGACGGGCAGCUAGGAAUGUCAUGUAUGAGUGACGACUCCGCCCCUCUCAUAUGCAGCCAUAAAAUUACUGGAGAAUGGGUGACGAUUGGCAUCACUGUGUCAAUUGGUUAUCCAUGUCCGAAACCAGGCUUUACGAAACCAGUUUUUGCAAGUCUCCUACAAGAAGCACCCAACCUGGCAUACUAUAAUGCCAUUCAAAAGUUCAAGUAUGCCGACCCCAAUGUCUUUACUGCUUACAUCAAUUCAACCAGCACUUACUGA